AUGGAAGAUGGCUAUCAAGAGUUAGAUGAGCCAAACCGCAAGAAAAGGGGUUCACUAGAAGCCUGGAUCAAACUGGGGGUCAUCUUGGUGCUUUUAGUUUGGGGAUCAGCUUUGCUAAUCAGCAGUUUACCGCUAGAACAUCAUUCGGAUCAUAAGAAUGGAUUGAGACAUAUCCCAAAACGCACGAAAAAUGGACAAUUAAAAGUUUCGUUCGCGAAUUUACGAAACGACACUUUUUCACCUGUCACCCGGUCUCUUAGAUGGCUUUACAGUGAUGACGCUACGGAAGACGAUCAGGGGUUUUUUUUGACCGAGGUCAAUGGAACGUAUGUGGUCAGAUCCGUGUUCGAUAAAGAUUACUCGAGAGUAUUACUGGAGAAAAGCGAUUUCGUUUAUGCCGGCCAAAAUCUUACAGCGGAAUCUAUCAUUGCAUCCCCUGACCAGGAGCACAUUUUGCUCAAGACUGACACAGUCAAGAAUUGGAGACACUCUACAUUUGGGUCAUACUACGUUUUCGACACUAAGGACCAUAGCAUCAAUUUUGUAGGCAACAACAUUUCUCUGGCGCUCUGGUCUCCCAACUCAAACGACGUCGCGUAUGUCUUCGAGAACAACGUCUACGUGUAUUCUUCAAAAGCGGGGAAGACAAUUGCGCAGGUGACGCACGACGGAAGUAGCCAAGUUUUCAACGGCAUCCCGGAUUGGGUCUACGAAGAAGAGGUUUUCGAAGGUAACCAAGCCCUAUGGUGGUCCACAAGUGGCGAAUAUUUGUCAUUCCUGAAAAUCAACGAGACUGAGGUUCACGAGUUCCCAAUCGCAUACUAUGUCCAGCACGAUGAUGACAUCUACCCCGAGAUACGCAAAAUCAAGUAUCCAAAGAGCGGCACGCCAAACCCAUCCGCGGAAAUUCAACUUUUCCAUCUUGAAACCCAACAUUUGAGCUCAGUCUUUGCUGGGAACAGUAGCACACUAGUGACGGAGAUGACAUGGCUCGGUGGCGAACAGUUACUUGUUAAAGUCACUGAUAGAACUUCCGAUACACUUUCAAUUCUACUGGUUGACGCCGGAAAAGGCGGCGUCGUCACGACUCCACGUGUAUGCCCUUCGGGAGAAGGAUGGUGGGAGAUUACUCAUCGCACAACCUAUCUUCCGAAAGAUAUCAAGAAGGGGAGAAAAGACGAAGGCUACAUCGAUCUGAUGCCUGUGGAUGGCUUCAAUCACCUAGCAUACUUUUCUCCGCCUGAAACGGAUGAACCCGUCAUCCUGACGCGAGGUGAAUGGGAAGUUGUGGAUGGGCCAACUGCUGUUGAUCUCGAAACAAACAACGUUUAUUUCAUCGCUACAAAAAAGUCUUCAACAGAAAGGCAUCUUUAUCGAGUGAAUAUUUUAAAACCCGAAAAGAUAGAGGCAAUCACAGACACUUCCAAACCGGGUACAUUUUCAGUGUCGUUUUCUUCCGGCAGCGGUCUUGCUCUGUUGAACUAUCUGGGUCCCGACAUUCCUUAUCAAAAAAUUGUGACUUUAAGAACUCAUAAAAAAGAUUCCACGAUCCAUGGUAAUAUCGUUGGUAAAACGCUUUAUUACUUGGAGGAUAACGCCGCUCUCCAUAGAGUCCUGAACUUGUAUGAUGUACCCAAGAAAACUUUUGGUACGUUGGAACUCGGUCACGACCAAAACGGGAAGUCUGUGACAGCUAACUAUUAUGAGAUUUUGCCCAACGAUUUUGAUCCAUCGCGUCGUGAUCAUUAUCCCGUAUUUUUCUUCGCAUACGGCGGCCCCAAUUCACAACAGGUUCUUCAAAUAUUUUCCGUCGGGUUCAACGAGGUGGUGAGCUCGCAGCUAGAUGCUAUCGUAGUGGUUGUCGAUGGUCGCGGUACAGGAUUUCGUGGUAAGGAUUUCAGAUCUUAUGUUCGGGACAAUCUCGGUGACUUGGAGGCGCAAGACCAAAUCGAGGCUGCCAAGAUUUACGGCAACAAGCCCUACGUUAACCAAGACAAGAUCUCGCUUUUCGGCUGGUCUUACGGCGGAUAUCUAACUCUCAAAACACUUGAAAAGGAUGCGGGCAAACAUUUCAAAUACGGUAUGUCCGUGGCCCCAGUGACAGAUUGGCGUUUCUACGACUCAGUAUACACUGAAAGGUACAUGCAUACCCCACAAGAAAAUCCAGAGGGUUACCGAAAGGCCAAAGUGAGUAACGCGACUGCAUUGGGCCAGGCUCAGAGAUUUUUACUCAUGCAUGGCACGGGAGACGACAAUGUCCACUUCCAAAACUCAUUAAAAUUCCUGGAUCUGCUAGACCUGGCCGGGGUCGAAAACUACGACUUCCACGUCUUCCCAGACUCUGACCACAGCAUCAGAUAUCACAAUGCCAACAUCAUUGUCUUUGAUAAGCUUCUUAAUUGGAUUGGUCAAGCUUACGAUGGCCAAUUCGUCAAGAUUGGUUAG